AUGCCCAAGAACGCGCAGGUCAUCGUGCGCUAUGGGCCAUACAGCUCAAUCGGUCUGUCAGUGGAGCACCGCACCUAUCGCCUGGAGGGCCUGCUAGCUGUGCUGGCUGAAGAUGGACACCAGGUCCUCCUGGAGAAGAUCGAAGACUGGAACGUGGUAGAGCUCAUGGUGAACGGAGAAGUUGUCUUCCGCUGCAACAUCAAAGACCUGGAGUUUGGAGGUAGCGGUAAACUAGACCCACUGUGCAGAGAGGCCAGGACAGCUGUACUAAAUGCCUACUGAUCUCCUCGCGGGAACAGGCAUCCCAUGUCAACAGAAGCGCAGCUGCCUCCGGCCAUUCUGCAGUUCAGACAAAAGCGGCCAUUCCAGGCCUUGGACGCUGGGCUCAGACAAGACAACACCCCCUGUCUUUCAGCCUGCACAGCACAGGUUUCUCACCUGGCUGCAAGGAAACAGAGCCCACAAAAGUAAUAAAACUUCACCAUUCGCAGCAUCUCUCAAUCUCAACCCAUAGGGAGAGUGAGCCCUCCAAUAUCAGGUACACGUUGAGCUGAAGGAAAUAAUAAAAUGCAAUCUAAUAACAA